AUGGCUUCUAAUCCCACUGACCUUUCCACAGCACCGGGUUCACCCGGCUCCCCCGGCUCUCCAACCAACUCAGUGCCCAGUGACGAUGAAAGGUAUCGCGAUCUGAAACGACCUGAGGAGUCGCCAAAGCGCGAGAGUCCGUACAGGAGCAUCAACCUUAAGGCCAAAAAAGCGCUCAUCACAUGGAACGGCGCCAACGGGCAGACGGAAGUUCUCGGCUGUUGCCAAGAAGGAAAACGCUUCGUGACGAUACAUUUCACAGCGAAUAUGGACGAGCAUAUUGGCAUGUUUCGAGUCCUCAUCCCGCUUGACAGCGCCACUGUGCAAAAGCCAGUCAACCUUUACAUGUUCAUUGCCCCCGAAUCCAUUCACUCGGUCUCGCUAGAUGAGUCGGGGUCGGACAUCGCGCAAAAAGAGCUCCAAACCCAAACCCACUGCCUGCGGUUCACGCUCAGUCGGACGGUCUCUCUUGUCAUCCCCAAGAGUCUGGAUCCCACCUCCCUUGACAGCACACCGCGUUUCGCGUCUGUGCGUGCUCUUGCUUCUCAAACCGACUUCUCUAUCUACAUCCCGGCCAAGACGUGCUCCAAGCCUGAACUCAGGGCGCUUUGUGACGCUGUGUCGAGCCCAACCCCAGGCUAUAAAGCCGAUCCACGCAGUUCCAAUAUCAACAGUUUGUACGCCGGUGAAGGGGGUCAACUGCUUGAAGAUAGCCCACCCGGGUACGAGGAUCCAACUGGUCCUAUUCUUGCCCAGGGUCCUGCUGCCGAGCCCGAGCUAGACCCUGAUCAAACCCUAAGCAAAAAGAGACGACGGCGCAGCAGCUCAUCCACCUCGCAAGAGCGGCAGUCCUCAAAGAUAAUGUCUAUUCUUGAGCGUCUCACUGAGAGCGUCGACACCUUGUCAGCUCGUGUAAAUCAAAUGUCCUCUCGCUUGGAUCGUUUGGAAUCGCACAUGGAGAACAUGACGGAGAACCUGCAAAGCGAGUUUGAGCGCGCUCUGCAGGACACCCGCGAUGAGACCCAGAACACGCUGGAUGGCACGUAUGAGGACCUGCUCUGGACGGCACAGGAUAACCUCAAGGAUCAUGUGAACGAGCAAAUAGCCGAGAUGGAAGAUAGGGCGUCGAGGAGAAUCGUGCGCUCCCUGCGUAAUGCCGCCGUGACGUUGCAGCUUGAUUUAGUUAGUGAAGGCGAUAGCCCGUAA